ACUGCUACUUGGAGCUCACUCAAUUCACACAUUUCUCAGUGCUCACUCUCACUCACCCCCAUAGUCAUACCCUUUCAAGAUUCAACUCUAACAUAACAUGUUGGCACUCAAAACAUGACUUCCAAACCUCACCGCCUUUCCUCUUGUCACCGUCACCCUACCAUUCCCGUCAAUAGCUUCUGCGCCUCCUGCCUCCGCGAACGCCUCAAAGGAAUCCAAUCCCCCUCCUCCUCCCCUUCUCCACAUUCCCAUCCUCCGCCCCACCUCCGCCGUACCAAGUCCUUCUCCGCCAACCGUCACCACACUUCCAUAUCCGCCUCUCUCCAGCCCCGCCGCCGCUCCUGCGAGGUCCGCGCCCGGAGCACACUCUCGGAUCUCUUCACCGUCGAUGGCGGCAAGGGGAAGCUGGUUCAGAAGACUUACCUCGAUUCGGAGUAUUUAGGUUUUGAAAUACGAAAAGAGGAACACAAUGGAGAAGAAGCGGUUCGGGUUUGCGACCCAAGGGACAACGAAAAACCCGAAGAAACGAAGACGAUGAAGGAGUUCAUAGAUCUCGAGAUUCGGAACAAGAAGAACGGAGCCAGAGACUUGAAGAGUUUCUGGGAAGCUGCUUCUGCCUUCAGUGAGAAACUAAGGAAGUGGAAAUGGAAGCACAAGUUGAAGAGACGACGCAGUUUUGGCGGUAACGGUAACAGAAACAGAAAUGGAAAUGGAAAUGGUGUUGUUGAUUUUAAUGUUAUGCGGUUUGUUCAGGAGCCUAAAGGGAGGAAAUAUAGGGAAACUCAAUCUGAAAUCGGAGAAUACUGUUCGGGGAGAAGAUCUUGUGACACUGAUCCAAGGUUCUCUAUUGAUGCAGGCCGAAUGUCAGUGGAUAAUUAUCCUCGGCUCUCGUGCGAUUCGAGGUUAUAUGUUGACGAAGGUAGAAUCUCAGUGGAUAAUAAUUCACAGUUUCCAGAUGCCUACAGAAGGUUAUUGGUUGACACGGGCCGAAUCUCAGUGGAUAGUGAUUUGCAAGCGAAGUUUGAUGCAUCUUGGGAUGGAAAACAAUGUGAGAGGCUUUCCCCAGUGGACAGGGUUCUAAUUGAAGGGAACGGCAUUGCUGGUUCCAGUCCUGCUCCUACUCCCGGUGGGUCAUCUGAGGCCAAGGGUUACUACAAGGGUAGGAGGAGUUUCGAUAGGUCGAGCUCUCGUAGGAGACAAUCAACGGCAGAGGUUAAUGAAUUGAGAAUGGUAUCUAAUGCCAAGGUAUCCCCUGCCACCAAUGAGUUGUUCUAUGGUGCCAAGUUACUCAUCAGUGAGAAGAAAGAUUUGGAUUUGGGGAAUGAAAAUGUGAAAUCCUUGAGUGACUUUAAAGGUGAAUGUGUGAUGGGUUCUGCAUCCAAGGAUGAUGACCUUAAUAAUGAUGUCGAUGGGGCUGGCACUGGCAAUCAUAAGGGUUCCAAGAAGGACCACAAGUGGCGUCGAGUGUGGAGCAAGUUCGGCUCAAUCGUGCAGAGGAGGGAAGAAGACAAGGUGAAACUUAAUGUGCAAGGUAGUGAGAGUGUUAGCCAGAAGCUUACUCGAAGCUAUAGUGUAAGUUGUAGAAGCCAAUGUAGCAUGGCUGGUGUGAUUAGCAGCUUGUGGGGUACCGAGACUAAAGGGAACAUAAAUGUGUUGAAUGGAAGACAAGAUUUUAUGGUUCAGAGGAACCGCAGUGUUCGGCACUCGCCGUCACCGAAUAAUCUUGACAAUGGCUUGUUAAGGUUCUAUUUGACACCUUUGAAGAGCUAUAGAAGAAGCAAGUCUGGCAAGAGUAGUAGCCUCAAGGAUUUGCAACAAAUAUCCAGAAGUGUAUUCUAAAGUUGUAUUGUUUGGAUGUGUAUCUGGUUGUAGAAAAAUAUAUAGAUGUAAUUAUUGUUGUCAAGAGAUGAACUACAAUGAUUACAAUGAUUCAGUUGCAAAUUUACUAAUGAUUUUGGUAACAGAAACAAAAUAAAUGUUAUAUUUUGUUGUAUGAAAUUGUAUGAACUGGUAAUAGGAUACCUCAAAUACUGCAAUGAUAUUUCACUUCAUAA